UAUUGGGCGGGCCCAAGUUCCGGCCUCAACGGACUCCACUCCACUCCGCUGAAGGCUAACUGGGGAGACGGCAACACCGUCACGGCGCCAGCGAGGGUUUUGUUUCGUUCUGUAAAUGCGACGGAGAAGAAGAAGAAGCAGAAGGAAAGCAGCGGUGAGCCCUGGCAGAUAACAAGGUUCCUAAUUCUCCGAAUUCCUCUUCGACGUGAUUUCCCGUCCUCGCUCCUCCGGCACCUCUCAAGCUCGUCGAUUAACAAGGAACGCUCCUUCACGGUUUCGUACCUUGUGAGCCAGUUCGGCAUUUCAUCGAACAGGGCAUCUGCACUGUCCAAAUACGUCAAAUUCCAAACCCCAGAGCAGCCCAAUUCAGUGCUUCGUUUCCUCAGGGAGCAACAUUUCUCGGAAUCGCAGAUUUCGAACGUCGUGAAGGGAUGCCCGCAGGUGCUUAUGGCACAACCAACAAAGACCCUUUUGCCCAAGCUACAGUUCUUGCGCUCCUUGGACUUAUCGGACCCUGAUGUCGCCGAGUUCGUGUCAUCCUCCCCUCGAAUUUUGACGGCGAGCUUGAAAAACCAGUUGGUCCCUUGCUUCGAGUUCUUCAGAGACCAUUACAAGUCCAGAGAGGAAGCUGUUGCAGCCAUCAAGAGGCGCCCACGUACGCUGACAACCACCAUUCAUCGACAAGCUCCCCCUUUACUUCAGACCCUACGAGAUGCUGGAACCCCGGAAAGGGCCAUCACGCUGUUUGUCCGCCAGUACUGGACGAUACGAUGGAUCCCUGGCAAGUUCCAGAGGGUUGUGGAUGAAGUGGUAGCCAUGGGGAUCGACCCAACCAAGUGCAUUUUCGUUGUUGCAGUUGUCUUGCUCUCGAGUGUUACCAUUUCUACUUGGAAACAGAAGCUUGCUGUGUAUGCAAAAUGGGGUUGGUCCCAGGAGCAGGCUCUUGAAGCGUUUAGAAGAUGGCCUAAUUGCUUUAGGGUAUCUGAGAAGAAGAUAGAUGGGCUGAUGGAUCUGUUUGUGAACAAGCUAGGGUGGGAGUCAUCCUUUGUUGCCAAGUACCCGAUCGUCUUUACAUAUAGCCUGCAGAAGAGACUCCUGCCACGAGCUUUUGUUCUGCUGUUUCUGGAUUCGGAAGGUUUGCUACCUCAUGACCGAGCUUCUCCGAGGUGGUCAGUCUUUCUCAUCAGCGAAAAGACAUUCCUGGAGAAGUAUGUUCUUCCUUACCCUGAAUCUUCUGCUCUUUUGACGUUGUACUUGGAAAAGAAGAAGUCUGGCCUUCCUUCCAAUCACGAGGGGAGAACUACAAAGAAGAAAAAGAUAAAGAUAAAGGAAGGCUCGUAUACUUAAUGGUGUGGUAUGCUACCAUUUGUCCACAGAUUAUAGUAGCUAAACAAUUGCCCCUAUAAGGCUAUAACCUUGUGCCAUUAUUAAUCUAUUUUGCGGUUUCUUCUUCUUCAACUCUUCUGGUUCUGGAUCAGGAAUAUGAACACUGUAUAGGAAGCUUGGUCGAGCUUAUAUCCGACAUGUUUUCUUUUCUUUCUUAGCUUCUCUAAUGAAAGAUGAAGUGAGAAACACAAGAAGAAAUCCCUCACUGGUU